AUGGUGCCCGUUGUCGCGACACCCACGCCAAAUACCUAUGUCCAUCCUCCCAACGGCAUUUGCACUGACUACACCAUCACUGAGCAAACCAACUCAUCCGAUGCCAUUUGGGGUCUUCCUAAGUUUCAAACAAACUUCGACAUCGCGUACUUUCUCUUCAACAGCACAAGGAAGGACUCCCAGGUCAGCACAGUCCCGCCCAUUUCCGGUUACCAGAACAGAACGAACAACUACACCGUUUCGGCGACAUUCUGUUCCCCUCAGAAGCCGGGGAGCAGUAAAGAGACAACAGUCCUUGUAGCGACGCACGGCCUCGGAUAUGAUGGGCGUUACUGGGCAUCCUCAUACAAGCCUGAAGAAUACAGCUUCGCUCAAUAUGCGCUCGAGAAUGGUUACUCGGUCUUUUGGUAUGAUCGAGUGGGAACUGGACGUUCACAAAUAGUGUCAGGAUAUGAAAAUUCGGUCAAUUAUCAGGCUGAGAUUUUGGCGCAGAUCGUCAGGAAAAUGAAGAUCGGAGCAUAUACUGGGAACGUCACAGCCAGUAAGGUCGUGGCUGUCGGUCAUUCGAUGGGCUCCAGGAUAUCGAAUAUUGUACUGUCCAAGUACGGGGAUCUUGUCGAUGGUGCCGUUCUCACUGGAAUGGCGUUAGGUAAUGAUUCGAUCGAUCCAUUCCCCUUAGCUGCGGUAAUCCCGCGCUUCCUGUCCACCGCUUUCCGCCCACGCCUCGCAGACACCGAUGGCCAUGACUUCGUUCGUGAUACCGGCUACGCCGACUUCGGUGACAUAUAUGCGCAUGCACAGCUGUUCUUCCGGGCGCCCUACGACAUCUCGACCGUCGAAUACGCGCAAUCGAUUCGUCAGCCUCUCUCUUUGCUGGAGUUCUUGAGCGUUUCGGCGUUGAAUUACCAUGCUCCAUCCUUCACGAAGCCGAUUAUGCUCACGACUGGCGAAAAUGACUUUCUAGUUUGCGGGGGCAACUGCACAACUUCGUUCUACCAGGUCGGGGAGCAAGCUUCCACUUAUUCUCACGCGCAGGUUAUUGAGACUUACCUUCACCCACACGCGGGGCACGGCACCAAUUUCGCAACCAAUGCCACAGGGUUCUAUGGUGAGAUUAUGUCCUUUUUAGACAGGAAUAUUUGA